CCUGAGUUCUUGCAGUAGCCAAUCGCGACAGGCUUUACGGCAGCACGCAUGGCGGAAGUCGUCAUUGCUUUUCAAUAGCAAAUAUUCUGGCGAUUGUGUAUUUUGUUCGCUCUCUGCCUUAAAUUAAUGGCAUAGUUAAGCGGGGAGGUUGUCUUCAAAAAACUGGGUUAUUGUGCGGUCAGUUUGUAAUGAAAAUCUCUCUGUUAAUCUGAAUAUGGGUCUGUGGGGUCGCCGGAAAUGACUUUUACUGGCUUAAAGAAAUCACAUCCGACCUGUGCAUCAUCAUGAGGAUGGAUCGAGGAAUAUUAGUGAUUUAACAGCACACUUUCACCGCCGGAGACGUUGUUUUGCUGGGACUGAUCAAUCUAAACUGAAACCCGCGAACAGUCUCUUAAAAGAUGUUGUCCAAUCCUUCAGCUGAGCAAAAGGGGACAGAGCAGGCUCCUGCCUCUGCAGCCGGUCCGUGUCAUCCUGCUCCUCACUCUCCACUGUACCAGGAACAGCUGGCCAUAGGAUGCAAAGAAACCCACAGGGAGGAGUUUGAGUCUGGGGACAAGCCACAAUCCUCAGACUUUGGGAAAGAGGGCAAGCUCAGAGAUCCACGAUGGACAUCUCCUCUAUCUCCUUCAGCUGGACCAUCAGGAGAGCAGCUUGGAGUUUUGGAGCGAUUUCUUGUCUCCCAUCACAAUGACAUGAAACGUCUGCUGACUGAUACCUUCGGACCUCUGGCUCAGCGUCUGGAGGCUAUGGAGAAGAGGAUGGACCAGUUGUGUUCACAAAGCAGCGCACACACACGCAGUUUAGCCCAGCUGCACAGUAAAGUUGGCCAAUUGGGUAGAGACAUCUCCUUUGGAUGUCCAAAUACUCCAAGUGUUUCAUCAGCUUGCAGUUUUGGAUCGAAUGGGGAAGUGGCAAAAGACAACAAAGACAUACUCUCAAAUGUCUGCCUGUCUAGGCCACAGUCUCUUUAUAGAUCUCUGUCAUGUGAACCUAAAAAGGACCCUAUUUGUUCAUGGACAAUGUCAACUCCUUCUCGGUCUAGCCAAAGUCCUACCCGCAAGCCUGAAGACUUAAGCUGUGAAGGUCAAAAGUUCAAUGCCAGUGGCUCAUUAUCUUGUGAAAUCCUAAAAACGUCCCCUUUAAGACAAACUGACAAUAGUUUGCAGGGGAAAUACUCCCCCGUUUCAGAUUUUGAGGACCUGGAGAUGGAAGUAGAUGCUGAGAAGGACAGAGUUGCAUUAUUGGUUGAUACUGUGAUUAGCAGCUCAGAUGACAAUGACAGCCAGGGACCUUCUUGUAAGCAGGAAGUGCUGUCCUCUGAUGCGGAGAAUGAGGAAUCUAGUCCGGUAGAGGAAGACACUUUGAUUAAUCAACGUUUACAUGUUCAGAAACCGCUUAAGUUGCCUUACGUUAAGAUUCUGAAACUUUCACCUCCUAAGUCAAACUCAGAUCCUCUUUAUUUUUUGUCCAAGCCAAAAAAUUCAGCAACAUCUGGGAAGACUGUGACAUUGGGAAAUUCGACUAAAGUCAAAGACGAACAUAUUCAACAACAAUCUUUAAGUGAAAUUAGUUUUUCUUUCCCCAUUAAGCCGCUUGUCGCACAAUCAAACCAUGAUGAACCCAAGCUUUCUUCAGAUCCCUUUCAGAAUCACAGUAAGAAAGAAGGAGAGAUUUGGGACAAGUUCAAAAUAAAUGGCAGUUUUCACUCCACUACUACCUCUCUGAGUACUUCAGACUUUGAUCACGUCCCAAUGUCACAACAGGGCAGGAAUGAACUAACAGGAACCAAUGCUGGAGCUUCAGAAGAGGGCACAAAGCUGGAUCGUAAGGCUCAGCGCAUUGAUUGUCAGUUUUCAAGCACAAAGGACCGUCCAUUAAAAUCACCUAGUCAAGAGUCCGACAUGUCAGUACAGCCAUACUGUGAACUUACCUUAUCAAACCAUUUGGUAAAAGAUGUAGGUGAAAGAAAAUCUUUUGGCUCUCUUCUAACAUUUCAAGCAUGCACCAGUUCCCAUCUCUCAGCCCCUAGAAAUGGGUCCUCCAAAUCAGUUUUAGACCGCAGUACCAACAAACUGUUAACUCAACUCUCGGACACUGCCCUUCGCUUGGUGGGUAGCUGUACUUCUAAUGACUUGAACAGGUGGACUGGUUACAGCAGAGCUGGAUCUAAGCUCAAACACUUUGGUGGAAAGAAACAACACCUUUCUGGAUUUCCCACUCUUAAAGCUGGAGAAACUCUGUCAUUUAUUGAGCAGGGAGCAGAGAUAUUUAACCAUCGCCAGCCAAUUCUUGAUGACUUCAUUCUUCCUCUCUCGCCACAGUUAACUGGUAUGCUAGCAUGUCCUUCAAAUGAUUUACCUGUUAACCUGGAUAAAGGCUCUGCGUGUUGUCCUAGCUUAUCUCAACUUUUUCGACCCACCACUCCUCCUUUGUCUGCUCUGAGCAAAUGGAGCUUUUCUGGUGCAGGUGUUAGUACCGUCCUUGCUUUAUCUUCUCCAACAUCCUUCAGAAAGUGGUUUCGGCACAGGCGGCUCAACUUCCCUCUGACGCAGCUGUCUCAUUCUGGUAUCCACAUGGUUGUGAGUCAGAUUUUGGGCCGGUGCAGGUGUCAUCCUUUUCGACCUCUGGUUGACUUUACAGCACCACCAGGCAUAGACAAUGACCACCACUAUACACGACGGUCCAGUCAAGAAGUCACACGCAACAGGAAAAGAGCUUCAGCACGGAAGGCAGUGUGUCUUCUGUCAAAAAUUCAUCUCACGCCAGAAAGGAUUCUGGAUCAUCCCUCACGACACAGCAUCAGCCCCAAGUCAGCACGAUUGGAUGUAUCCUCCACUGAAUCCGUGCCUACUUUUGCUAUCGUCAGUGCAAAUGUCAAAUACCCUGGUUUGCACAAUAGGGGGGUAUCCAGAGAAAUGAACCAGGUGGAACUUUACGAAGCUAAUGCUGAAGCUCAAGGAGGUCAGCGUUCAAAAAGGGUCUCCCAAAUCCGUAUUCGUAAGACGGUUCCCAAACCAGAUAACAACCUUACUCCAAUGGGACUCCCCAAACCAAAGAGGCUGAAGAAAAAGGAGUUCAGUUUGGAGGAGAUUUAUACCAACAAGAAUUACAAGUCACCAAUCCCUAACAGAAGCUUGGAGACCAUAUUUGAAGAACCAAAAGAGAAGAACGGCUCUCUGGUGUGCAUCGGGCAUCAGAAACGGAAGCGAGUACUAGACUUUCCAGAUUUCACACAACCUCGGAAACGCAAGGCCAAAACUAACCUGGGCCCUCUGCGUGUGAAGGGGCCACGAGGAAGACCUCGUAGAGGGAGACAGGAUGAUGCUGACUUGGACAUAAUGCUUAUCGAGAGGCUUACAGAACUGGAAGACUACUUUACAAGCCAAGGCCUGGAGGUUUAAGCCCUGAUUUAAAAAAAAAAAAAAAAAAAAAAGUUUUUUUUUUUUUACUU